AACGCGUUCUCACAGCUGUUCUGGUAUAAUGAUUAAUAUACUGCGUUAAUUUUUGUUUUGUGAUAACGCAGAUUGCAUUUUGUGCUAUUUAUAAAUAAUUGCAUGGACUUUUACCAUGUUAAUGUAUAUUUGAAACGGGUUUAUCCCGAGUCUUACUAUAUUUAGAACUUGCUAAAAUAAUUGUGCUGCUUGAUUACGACACGCUGAGGAGUAUCUGGAUUAUAAAGCACUUUGCAACUGUAAUGGAAGGAAAAUAUUGCCGACAGCGCCGCACAGCUCAACUUUCUUUGUACAGCUUGUCAGCUUGUCUUAACAUUCCAUUGUAUCAAAUCAAAAGACAAUAUGGAUUUCAAAAUAUAUAGAUAAAAGAUGAGUACUGAAGAAGAGCGGUACCGGUGUAAAAGCUUUAUCAUUCCUUUCGAGAGGUACCCAAGAGUGCACUAUUUUAAAGCCAGGAUAAAUGACUUUUGGAAAAGAUUGAUAACAGUUAUAGGAAGACUCCCAAGAAAUGUACGUGACGAAAGUGUGUUGCAGUGUAUUGAAGAUCUGAACAAAACCCUUGACAAGAAGUUGAAUGUAAUUGUAAUUGGAGAAGAAGAUGUCACCCUCGAAAAUCUUUGCAUAUCAACGGAGUGUAUAGAUGAUAUGGAAACCGGGUCUACUUCGUCCUGUGUGACUGUUAUCAUCUGCCAAGCAGUUAUUGAAGCUCUGGACGAGAAAAGUGUAAAGAUAAUGGUGUUGGUCGCACAACAGAUAUCAAAAACCGUAAGAAGCAUCGAUAUGAUAGAUUCAGUCCUCAUUUUUUGCAAAGCCAAGGGAACGUUCACAGACGGAGAAAGAACGACGUUUCGAGAUGACGUAAAUCGGGAAAUUGAAUCAUCUACCGGUCUUUUCGUGAACACAUCAAAUAUAAUUAUUUCGACCGAGAUUGGCGAUCUCAAAAGUAAAAUAUCAUCCAUAUACGAAACACGCAUAAUCGAAGUGUUCGUGAAAAUACGUUUAUUUCUAAGUCUAUUUGUCACGAAAAAUCGCCGAGUAGCUCAGAAGCAACACGACGCUCUGGAGAAUAAACUAAUGUUAAAAGCAGUCUUAAACUUUUUUCGAAAUGGGUUUAGCAUAUGUGAUUUCAUGUGCAUACAAGAUACUACCAGUAAGAAAUCUUUUCUCAAUCAAAUAAUUGGACGUUUGGCUAGGCAUGUUAGAUGCACAAUAAUACCUCCCGUAGCUUCAAAACAUAUGCUGCCAAACUGGUUAUGUGCUGAACUUCUUAAUGAAAUAAAAUUUGAAGAUGUUCUUAUUAAAUCAAUUUCAAACAAAUCUCGAUACCUUUUGUGUAAACUGGAACGUAUUUGUAUAUCGGCUAAAACGAUUAAACGAAAUAUCACAAAUGGCAAACAUGUAUCUGAUUCAGCAAUUUGGAAUGUUUCGCAUUGUUUGUCAUUUGAUUUUAUUCAAUAUCCUCUUCAAAGAGACUUCAAGGAAGCAGCAUCGAAGACAGAAAGUACAAUGUCUUCUCUGAGACGUUUAUUGAACGUAAUGGGUAAAAUGAUUUACGAAAUAGACGGGUACUUGAAACAAACCAUUGUACAGUAUGUUCCAGUUCCUAAUAAAGAGCCUACCAUAAAUAUACCGGACAGACUACGACGUGAUAUACUGGCAAUGGAUGGUGUCUAUGGUAUUGGAACAAUUUAUGGAGAAAUAGAGAUCCACUUAUUGAGAGAUACAGAAAAUGAGGAUGCAAUUCCAAAUUUAGCAGCUCGUCUCCAGUCACUGAUGCGAGAAUAUCACUUACAAAAUGCGUACAAGAUUAAACAAAUAAAACAGUAGAUGAUAGAAGUAAACGAUAGGUAAUUAAAAUGUCUCUAAUGUUGUCAAUCAAUCUCAUAUGCUUAUAUUGUUUCAACUUUCCAACUUCAAUGAAAAGCAAAAAAAAAAAUAUUUCAUCAGUGCUAAAGAUCAUGAAGAUAGCGAAAAACCUACAUUUAUCAUUGUACUUAAUAUUUUUUGUUGUUUUUACUGCAUGUUAGUUUCAUGCAUAUUAUGUGUAUAUACUGAAUGUAUUGACUUUAAUAAUUUUGAAAACUGUGGCCAACGUCUAAAAAUAAUCGGAAAAUUAUAUGCAGGAUAUUGUGUGAAAGUGAUACGAAACUGCUCAUUGAAGAAAAUAUUUGUAAAGUAAAAAUAACUGUUGCACGGAUUUCAUACAUGUAUAUUUUAAUAAAACAUCCAAAAAUGCACAAAAUGUUUUAUGCCAUUAUUGUUGAACAAAUGAAAUUAAACUCGUCAUGUUUAUAAUUAUGUUAACUUCGUAGCAGGAACCAACCCUUUACGCACAUAUCCCAUACAGCUAUGCUCACAAUUCAGCUAACAACAUAUUUGAACAUCAACCUUCAAAUCUACAAAAUGGGUUAAUUUUCAAAAUAUAAUAAGUUGAUAAGUACUGCAAAAAGUAUAUUUCCAAAUAUUCUGUAAAGAGUUAGCCAGGCAAGGGGAAAUGAAGAAAUAUAUUUUUAUAUAGAUUUAUACUUAAAAAUGUUAUGUCCAAGUGCGAAGACACGUCCAGUGUCCAGUUAAAAUAAUCUAGUAUACCCGAGUUUUUGAGUAAUUUUUAUAGGUUGAGAUUAUGGAAAAUUUGGAUCAUAUUCUUAAAGGCUCUGCUGGAUAAGGCAGUAAAAUCUGCGUUGCCGACCUCGAGCUCCUAUGAUGAAACCAUGACAUUAAGACUCAAAUUAAGAUGUUUUCCUUAAUUUCGAAAUACGUUACAGAACGUUAAAAAUGUUUCUUACUUAUGAGUAUCAUGAACUCGGAAGGUUAGGAGAAGAACUCUAUAAGACUUGUCUUUCGUUCUAAUCCUUUUCAUCUACUGUACAUAUAAUGUUUGUAUUUCAACAUAAUUUUGUAUAUUUUUGAGAAUAAAAUAUGUUUAAACCAA